AUGAAUGAAUGCAGCGCACAAGCCUCCCAUGUGUAUGCGUGUGUGAGGUGUGAGCUGGAGUCUGGAAAAGAGGUUGAGAUCUGACCUGAGACGGGCGGCGGAGAAUCCGUGUAGAAGGAAGAGCAGGAGAUGACGCCCGGCGUUGUUGGCCAUGGAGGUGUCCUAGAGGAGCCGCGCCUCGAGCGGCAGAUGGGGUGCAUGGCUGGGUUCCUCCAUCUGUUCGACCGCCACCAAAUCCUCGCCGGAAGGCGCCGCUACUCCACCCGAAGCCUCCCCACUUCCUCGGCUGCUGGAUCGAGGUCGCCGUCGGAGAGUUCGGUAGCUUCCUCGGCGUCGUUGUUCAUGGAGAGCCAUCCUCCUUCGAGGCCGCUGGAGCCCCGCCCUUCUUCGCCGGAGAGAAGCUCCGUGUCGGAGACGCCGGCGAGGCGGUCGCUUCCGCUGCCGCUCCCGAUCUUCGAGGUCGCGGACGGGGCGAGGACCACCUGGAGGAUCCGAGACUCUCCUAGGCUUUCUCUCGACAGCCGCGCGGUGGUUGACGCGAGAGGAAAGCUCCGACCACGGGAGAUCCGGACGGCGGUCCCCGUGACCCCCGGGGGCCAAUCUGACGCCUCCGACGCCGGGGAGGAGCAGCGGCGUUCCCCGAGCGUCGUAGUGCGGCUAAUGGGGCUCAACUCCCUGCCGAGUUCCGGCAGCGCAGGUGGAGCUGAGCUGGACGGCGCCGAGCUCCGCCGAUCCGCCUCCGAGUCACGAGUUCGGAGAGAUCCAUCGAGCUACGGAUUCGCGGACGCAGGAUCGUUCCACAAGCCAUCGCCGCAAGCGGAAGCCACUCCGAUAUCCGCCGAGGAGUUCUUUAAGACGGUCAAUCCGGCCCGAUUCCGGCUUAACGACGCCAAGAAGGCCAAGCCGGCUGCGAGAAGCACCCUGCUUCAACCGCUCCAGCGGAAGAUCUUCUUUGACGCCGAGGACUUCUUCCCGGAGCCGAAGCGGUCGGCAGCGCUCUACUGCGAGAUCGAGAAGCGGCUCAGGAUGCGAGGCAUCGACGAGCCGGCGAAAGACCUGGAGACUCUGAAGCACAUCCUGGAAGCGGUCCAGCUCAAAGGGCUCCUCCACUCCAAUCUGUCGGACCACCACGUCAUCGAUCGCCGCAAUCUCACGUACGACCACGAGGGCCGGAUCCACCGCGACUCCCCGAUCGUCGUCAUGAAGCCGACAUCCAGGUCCCCGCGGCGGCCAUCGAGCGAGCCGCCACCUCCCAGAUCCGGCGCAGCUUGCAAGAGCGCAGGGCCGGUCCGGCGUGAGCGGGCGGCGGUGGAGCGGACCAUCAAGGAAGGAAAAGAACGGAAGUAUCGAGCGCCGAUAUCGCCCGAGAGCCCAAGCUCGGCGGUUCAUCGAAGGCCGUUGAACGCAGCGGCCCAGAAGAGUGCACAACCGCAGCGGAGGGUCUCGACCGUCGGUUCCCCAAAGUCUAGUCCGAAGAGGGUGGGUUCGGAUCCGCUGGCCGUCCGAUCGCCGAGGAGCCGGAGGCCAACGUCGGCUUCACCUGCCGAGGAGAAGGUCCACGCACCGGCGGAGGACGAUUCCUCCACCAGCCUUUCCGAGAGUAGCAUCAGCGCGUCGUCUCAAUUAGACUUGGAGGUACAACAACCUUUUCCGUCUCCACCAACGCAAUCCCGCAACAUUUCAUGGAGUUUCGAGUUUGUAGUGACACGGAUGGUGGAUGAUCAUUUGACGCAGAGAUCGAGGGCGGAGGACUGCAGAUCAGGGGCAAGCCUGCUGGAGCGAUGCGACAAGCUGUUGCACAGCAUCGCGGCGUUCACCGCGGCGGACCAGCAGCCGAGCCCCGUCUCGGUGCUCGAUUCGUCGUCGUACCUCGGCGACGACGGCUCGCCUUCGCCCUCUCCCCUCGCCAAGCGUUCCAUCUACUUCAAAGAUCAACUGGCAGCCGACGAGUGGGAGGAGUUGGCGUGGUCUCCACCGGCUUCAACGAAUCAUGGUGACGCGGACGGCGGGCCCGACGCAGUAGACCACGACUACGCCUACGCGCACGACGUCGUGCGCGCCUGCCGCCGCUACGGGGACGUGUCCGACGACGUGUACGCGGUCCUGGAGAAGGGCUGCCGCCGGCGCCGUGCGGGCGACGCGACCAAGGCCGCCCGCCUCCACCGCCGGCUCCUCUUCGACACUGUGGCCGAGAUCCUGGACCGCAAGCGCCGGGUGUCCCCCUGGGAGGCCUUCUCGAGCCCCCCCGCGGGAGGCGGCGGGGAGGGGGAGGAGGAGGAGGAGGCACUGCUGCGGCAGGUGUGGGCUGAGGUGCGGCGCAUCCGUGAGCAGGUGGCGGAGGACGACCAGGACGCCGUCGCCUGCUGCGCCGUGCGGAAGGACAUGGCCGGAGGGCUCGCCGCCGACGGGUGGGCCCGCCACGCCGCCGAGAUGUCCGACGCCAUCCGACAAAUCGAGCGGCAGAUCUUCAAGGACCUCGUCGCGGAUACCAUCCACGACCUCGCCGCCGGCGUCCCGGAGUCCCGCCCCCUUCUCCCCCGCCGCAAGCUCGUCUUCUAGAUAACCAAACCAAGACAAAUAAAGAGGGCAGAAAAAAAAGGCGGAUAUGUUGUGAUGACGUAACAAAAGGGCAAAAGCGUUGUUUUCGGUAAUGUGUGGGACCGGUCCGAAAUGGGCUUCGGCCAGAGUUGGAGCCCACGCGUCCAUUGUAUAUUUGGGAUUGGGUUUCGUUAAAAGGAAUGGUUUGUUUUGGGGCCCAAAUAGCAGACGUGCUGUAGAACGUGUGAUUGGGACAUUCGAAUCACAGAUGAGUUUAGUACGAGACCAUUGGUCGGUGGAGUCGACGCAACCCCCUCCACCUUCGUGGAAAAGCUAGAGUAGUUUCAGCGCAGACAGGGGUUGACAAAUGCUCCUCCUCUCCCAGAAGAAAAUUGCCAACACUCUUUCUU